CCGAGUAAGAUGGCGGUGCGGAUGAUGAAGACCGUGCAGGCGGUUCAUCUUGAGUCUGACGCUUUCCUGGUUUGUCUCAGCCACGCCCUGAGCACAGAGAAGGAGGAGGUGAUGGGUCUGUGUAUAGGGCAGUUGAAUGAUGAUGCUAGGAGUGACUCCCAGCUUACUCACGCUGAAACUAAAACGUGCACGAUGGGGGAAAAGAUGGAUGCCGUCAGAAUUGUUCACAUUCGUUCUGUCAUUAUCUUGCGACGUUCUGACAAGACGAAGGACAGAGUAGAAAUUUCUCCGGAGCAGCUGUCUGCGGCUUCGAUAGAGGCAGAAAAGUUGGCUGAAGAAACAGGUCAUCCCAUGAGAGUUGUUGGCUGGUACCAUUCCCACCCUCACAUAACCGUUUGGCCUUCUCAUGUUGAUGUCCGUACACAAGCCAUGUACCAGAUGAUGGAUCAAGCCUUUGUAGGCCUGAUUUUUGCUUGUUUCAUAGAAGACAAAUCCACAAAGACUGGUCGGAUACUCUACACUUGCUUCCAGUCCGUACAAGCACCAAAAAGCUCAGAAUAUGAGAGACUGGAAAUCCCAGUCCACAUUGUACCUCAUACCGCCAUUGGAAAAGUAUGCCUUAGAUCAGCAGUAGAGCUGCCGAGGAUCCUAUGCCAGGAAGAACAAGAUGCAUACAGGAAGGUUCAUGGCCUUACACAUCUGGACCCAGUCACCAAGAUCCACAAUGGCUCUGUAUUUACCAAACAUCUGUGUAGUCAGAUGUCGGCAGUCUCCGGGCCUCUACUACAGUGGUUGGAGGAUAGACUAGAGCAAAACCAGCAGCAUUUGCAGGAGUUAGAGCAAGAAAGGGAAGGCCUUAUGGAAGAGCUGCCUUCUCUAGAAUAAAUCAGGAGGACAAAAAUGGGCAAAUGAAAAUACUUGGCCUAUAAUUUAUAAACUUAAUUGAUUUUGAAGAAGAUAAAGUUGUAGGACUCACAUUACAUAACUCCAAGACUUGUUAUAAAGUUGCAGUAAUGAAGACACUAUUUUACUCACAGAAGAAUAAACGUAUAUAUCAAUGGAACAGGAAAGAAAAUCCAGAAAUAAACCCACCAUAAUAUGCCUGACUAAUUUUGACAAAGAACAAAAGUGAUUCAAGGGAAGAAAGGCAGUCAUUUUGGCAAAUUGAACAUCUUCAACAAAAUCUAACAGUACCUCCAGAACAUUUCAUGGAUUUAAUGUAAGAUGGAAAACCUUUUAGGAAAAAAAAGAAAAAACAAAAAAACAUGAGGAGACCAAGUUUUUCAGCUUCAACCCAAACACAUAAUCCAGAAGAAAACAAAGUGGAUAUGUUGGACUUCACCAAAAUUAAAACUUUAUUUUGUAAAAAGAAAAAAAGGAAGAAAAAUAAGAAGAAAUUACUUGCAACCCUUGUAGUAUUUAAUAAAUACGUAAAAAAUAUAAUCAAAAAAUUGAUUUUUUAUUUUAUUUUUUAUUAUUAGUUACAUUUUAUUAACUCUGUAUCCCAGCUGUAUCCUACUCCCUCAUUUCCUCCCAAACCCUCCCUCCCUCAUCUCCUCCCUGUCCCAUUCCAAGUCCACUGAUUGGAGAGGACCUCCUCCCCUUCCAUCUGACCCUGUUUUGUCAGGUACCUUCAGGACUGGCUGCAAAAUCCUCCUCUGUGGCCUAGCAGGACUGCUCCUCCCUUGGGGGUGGGGAGGUCAAAAAACCUGCCAUUGAGUUCCUGUCAGAAAUAGUCCCUGUUCCCCUUACUAGAGAAAACCAAUUGGUUACUGAACUACCACAGACUUCAUCUGAGCAGAGGUUCUAGGUUAUAUCCAUACAUGGUCCUUGGUGGAGUGUCAGUCUCAGAAAAGACCUCUAUGCCCAGAUAUUUGGUCCUUGUGGAGCUCCUAUCCUUUCCACGUCAUAC